GCCCAGGAAUUCCAAUAUGGCCGCCCUUGAUUUGUUGGGUCGGAGUCAAACCAAACAUUGAAAAACAAGCACACAUAGCAUACGAUAUACACCAGAUUAAGGAUGUCAUUAUACACAGGAUUUGAUUUGAAAAGCUAUGGCUACAGUGUGAUACCUAAAUCAAUGACAGCGGAGGACAGAAAAUUGCUGUCUUCGGUAUUUCAUGACUGUGACUCAAACAACAAGGGCUACCUGACGAGGGAAGACACCAAGAUCGCUGUUGUCUCACUGUACGGGUACAAACCAUCAAAGUAUGAAGUAAAUCAACUUUUGGACAAAUACGGAGAAUCUCUGCAAGACGAUGUUAAAGUGUUGACAUUGGCCAAGUUCAUAGAUGCCAUGGCACCAAAACUGAGCACUCAAGAUGAAAAUGAAGAAAUCAGACAGACUUUCCUGGCCUUCGACACGCAGUGUCGAGGGUUCCUAACUGUUGAGGAUCUGAAGAAGACCUUCAGCCAGGUCGCUCCCCACCUUCCAAUACACGCAGUAGCAGCAGCCUUCAAGGAGCUGGACAGGGAUGGCGAUGGCAGAAUCAGCUAUAGGGACUUCGACUUUAUGAUGAAAUACGGCAAAGACAGUUGAUACAGAAAUAUUUUCCAAACAUUUUUUGUGAUAUGCCUGGACAUAUACUUUAUUAAUUUUGUAUUUAUUUUUACUGUACAAAUAAAUUUCAAGAGAUGUGUG